AUGUCCAGCAUACAUGGAUUCCAUUUAUUUGUGGGCGCGAAGACGUGGCAGCGUGUGCUCUGGUGGAUCUUCAUCUGCAUUGCCGUGGUCCUCUCGCUGCUCGUGUUGAUCAUGUCGUAUGGCAGGAGUGCAGAGACGCCAACGAUACGCUACAUAGAGAGCAUAAUGCAACCAAGUGGUGAACGUUCAAUUCCCUUUCCAGCUCUCACUAUUUGCUACUCGAAUCGUAUCUCUAAGCGAAGUCUCUUUAGCAAGGCUAGGGAGUGGGAUGUGGCAAGCAAAUUGUUGCAGCAAUUACCGUGGUUACCUAAACGCAAUUUAGGUCAAGUUAACGAGUCAAUGAUCAAUACUUUGAGCUGGUUAAACUUUACUUGGUCGGAAGUUUUGGAGCAACUGUCGCCACAACUCUGUGAAACUCAACUAUUGACUUGCUUGUGGCAGGGUGAAUCGCAAAGCUGCAAAGAUCUGUUUGCCACCACGUGGAGCUACAGUGAAGGACGUUGUUGCAGCUUUAUGGGACAGCCAAAGUGCUCGCUUACGUCGUGCCAAUCAGCAAAAGGAUUAACUAUACGUCUGGCCACAAAACUCGAAGAUUACGGCAGCUCUUCGGCUGUCACAGCUGGCUUCCAUUUAUUCAUACACGAGGCCGGCACCACAGUUGAUGCAACCACACAACGGGUCUUUUUACCAAAAGCAACCGAGUCUCAUUUGAUGCUUAAACCUUAUGAAACGCAUGCAUCUUCUUAUAUAGCCAGUCUGCCAAUCAAACAGCGACUUUGUUAUUUGCCCAAUGAACGAAAGAUGUUUCAAUUCUCCAUCUACAGUCAGGACAAUUGUGUAGCUGAAUGUAGAAGUGCGAGAAUCUUUGAGAAGUGCGGCUGUGUGCCUCCCCAUAUGCCCAGCAGGUGGUAUUGGUCCCAAUGUCCAGUCGGGCAGUACAAGUGCUUCCAGGAUCAAGAUUUCAGCUGGGAUAAACUUCAGUCGCAUUGCAACUGCUUACCUCCAUGCCAGUUUUAUCGAUAUGACGUACACAGCGAUGUGACCAACUUGGAUGCCAGACAAUCUAUGACUAAUGUCAAUAAUGAUGCCUUCUUUCAGAACUUUAAUGCCUCCGAUGAGCUAGUUGUGCACAUUUACUUUGAGUCGUUGAGCGCAGAGCAAUUGCGCUUGGAUGUCUAUGAGAACUGGUUGACCUUCAUAGGCAAGUACUGUGAUAACUGCUAUAAAACGAACUUAAAAUAGGCAAAAUAGAAAAUAAUAUGAAUUUCUAGAAGACACUAUAGGAUUAGAUUAAAGCUAAUUUCAAUUUAA